GCGAUCUUGACAACAUGGCGCCGCCGCUGAAGUCGAAGCGGACAAAGGCGGCGACGGGUGUGCCUGCCAAGACUCUCGCUUCAUGGAUGGAGCGGUUAGUGCAGCGCCAAAAAGCACGAAAGGAUUAUCUGUGCCACCUCCGUGAUACGGAUUUGACCAUUGGAGCCCCAGUUGCGUUCGGCGACAAGGUGCGACGUGCCGUGGAUCUUGCAGGUGGUGCAGUCGCAUUGACGGAGUCUCCGCCGCCGCAUCUGUCAUUUAAGGACUGUUUGAGGAAGCACCCAUGCACGCAUGUCAACUUGUCGGAACUCGACGUGAACGCCUGGAUGCCAACGCUUGUGGCUCGCACAAUCCCUCCUGGAGUUCCUGUCAAACCUUCCGUGUGUGAUUCGCUUCAUCUUCGGCACUCCAUCGUCAACGACGGAGCGAUAAAACAUAUUGGGAACCUCAAAUUCGUUCAAAUCCUCGACAUAUCUGGGUGCGACUUGCUCACGGACGUGUCCCUGCAUGUCAUCCGCCGCUCGUUGAGCCAGUUGUCGGCGCUUUACAUCAACGAUUGCCGUAACUUUAGCAGCGAUGCGCUUGUCGCGACCUGGACAGACUGCACAAGGUUGCGUCGCCUUUAUGCGCGGAACUGCCCGGGUGUGACCGAUCGCGUCUUGCUCUGCAUUGCGACAACCAAACGCGCCCCCGAAUUCCAAGUUCAAGUCGUGGAUGUUCAGCGGUGCCGCCACGUGACUGACUCUGGCGUCGGCGACCUGGCACAUUCCAAACAAGACUUGGAGCUGACGUACCUUGGUCUUGGCCACUGCCCUCACGUGAAAACGAUGGCGUUCUUUUCAUUUGAAGCGUCGCGGUCCCUCGCCCAUCUUGACACGCUCGACAUGGUGGCGUUGGACAUUGACGAGACGGCUAUCAGUUGGCUCACGACAGGUUGCAGCGCUACUCUGACCAAGCUCAACCUGGCGCACUGCCAUAAACUCAACGACUUUUGUCUUGCCCUGCUUGGUCGGUGUCGGAAACUCUUGUGGCUCAGUCUAAAGGGAUGCGCCCACGUGACGUCUGCAGGGCUUCGGGAUCUCGUCCAGCCCCAAGGAGCACCUUUGUCAGCCACAACCAGGAAGCAGCGCGACGACAGCGACGUUGACUCGUCCCUGUUGACAUAUCUCAACCUGAAAAACUGCGUCCGAGUCGACGACACAGCGAUGGCCGAGUUGGCUCAAGCGUGCCUCGACCUUGAGGUCCUCAACCUGCGUGGGGUGCCGCACGUGACGGACAUCGGCCUCACAGCCCUCGCGAAGCGAUGCACCAUCUUGAGGUCGCUCAAAGUCUCCGGCUGCAGGAAUCCUGCGUUCUACGGUAGACCAGACGUCGGCGACCAUGGGUUGCGAGCGCUGAGCAAGUUAUGUCGCCACUUGACCGUACUGGACUUGGCGGGCGCCCCACGAGUGACGACACUCGGCAUCGCAGCUAUCGCCGCGACAUGCUCCAACUUGGAAAAGAUCACGCUGACUGACACACCGGUCGAUGACGUUGCAGUUUUGGCGCUCUCGGCACACUGCCCCGCGCUUCAUACGCUGCAUUUGUCCAAAUGCCGACACUUGACCGAUGUAGCCAUCGAAGCGAUCGCGAGCGGGUUGUUUAAUCUGCGCGUGUUGUCCCUGGCAUGGAUCUCAAACCUUACCAACAAGAGUUUGGUGGCGCUCGCGGCGACCAAGUCCCCCAUCGAGACGUUGGACUUGACUGGCGACUGUCAAAUCGACGACGACGGGCUGUCAGCUCUCGUUGCGGGGUGCCACCGCCUCCGCCAUGUCGUUGUCAAAGGAUGCGACCGCCUCACGACAGGCUGCCUCCGCGACAGCGCUCUCAAGCUCCCGUUUUGCCGUCCGCAGCUGUGUCCAGACGCCCAAGUGCUGGAGCCGCAGUCGCCUGCAUGGAUUGCCAUAUACGAGCACUUGGUGGAGCAGUACAUGGCUGCUUGUACACUGCAAGCGUGUGCGCGUAAGUGGAAGCAGCGCGAUGCGUCGUUCCGAGUCAUGGCCCGACGAAAGCUGCGACGGCAACGGCGCGCUGCCACCAAGAUUCAGCGAUGUUAUCGCUGCCACCACCAAUGGCUUGCGUUCCUCCGCAUGUUGUCGCUGGGCCGCAACGUUAAAGUGAUCGUACACGUCCAAGCAGUGUACCGCGGCAACAAGUCCCGCAUCGCGUCGCGUUCGUGGAAAGCGUUGGCGACGUCGAGUGCAAAUAUCAUUCAGCGCGCGGCCAAGCGUCACCUGUACCGGCGACACACCCACGCGCGCGACAUUCAACGAGUCUACCGUGGCUAUCGCGGCCGCGUUGUUGUCAUGGAGAUGGUGCAGGCGCGUCGCGACGCCGCCGGUAUUCGACUCGUGGCCUGGGCGCGGCGAUGCUUCGCCCGCUACGAGUUUCACCAGCGCGCCCGUGUGAUUUCAGCCCAUGUGCGCCGCAUUCAACGCGUGUAUCGGUCGUACUCACGCCGCGAACGGCUGCGGAACCUUGUGAAGGCGGUCAUUGCGAACGCCACACGCAUUCAAUCGGUGAUGCGAAUGGUGCUUGCCAAGGCCAAGGUCGCGUGUCACCGUGCACGCUGCCAUGCGAGCAGCCUUCGCAUUCAAACCGUUUACAGGGGGUACAGGACGAGGCGGUGGUUCCGCCAUUACAAGACGCAUGUCGUCGGCGCCACGAUCCGCAUCCAAGCGUGGGUGCGGCGCAACUGGCACCGCCGCGCCUACCUCCACACCCGCAAGUGCAUUAUUGCAGCACAGCGCCGGUUUCGAACAUACUUGUCCAUUCGAGACAUGCACAUCAUGAUCUUGCGAGCUCUCCAUGCGAGGCGAUGGGCUGCGGCCGAAUUGAUCCAGCGAGUGUAUCGAGGCCACCUCGGUCGCCGACGGGCGACCCUCUUUCGCAAGAUCCAGCGGGCCAAGUUCGCGCGCAAAGGUCAGAACGCGGCGGAAUUCUUUGUCCGUCGACGCUUCCUCCGGCGGGGAGCGGCCAUCCGAGUCCAAAGGUGGAUUCGACCCGUCCUUCAACGCAUGCGCAUGACAAGCAUCCACGCGUGGCGCACGCGGCAAGCCAAGCUCUGCAUUCAGCGCUACGUGAAAGGAUGGCUCGCUAGAGUGUUAGCGAAACGAGCCAAGGCGCGGCUAGUGGCUGCCACCCAGGACAUGCAACGCGUGUAUCGAGGUCACCGCGGCCGGCAAGUUGCGCGCGCGAGAUGGAUUGCAAGGCAGCGGCUCCUGGCUGCCAUUUUCGUGCAAAAAUUUGUGCGUGGGUUCUUGGCGCGGUGUUACCGGCGGCGGUACUUUGCCGAGGCGACCGCAGCCGCGAUCAAGAUGCAAAAAGUCUACCGGGGCAAUCAAGGACGCCGUGUCGCUGCCAUCGAGUACGUAGCGAGCGCAGUCUCUCCCGUGCUGUCCUUGCAAGUGCCGGCUCGGACUCAUCAUAUCCAUCGCAUAGGCGAGCCAACCGAACGCUGGCCGCGCGAGACAAGUACAGGGCGUCUCUGCGCGGGAAACUCGACUUGAAGCUCGACAUGCGCGAGCGCAAGUUCUUUUUGCAGCGGCAAAUUGCCGUCAUGGAAGUCUCGCACAAGCAACUCAAACGAAGGCGGAUGGGGUACGAGAAGAAGAUGGAGGACGUGCGCGCAAAUCGAGCGGCCGUGUGGGCCCGGGCAAACGAAGUCGUCCAUGAAACGUACUCGUUGAAGCGGUCGGAGCAACCCCACUUUGCAUUGCAAUCCAGCCAUCACGAGAUGCCGACGAGACUGACGGCUCGUGCGUCGUUGUAGGAAUCUGGUCGGCGCGAGCGAAAACGUGUUCGUGACCAAGCUCGAGCUAGACGACAACUUGGCACAUAAAGCGCAACUCACGGCGCAGCUCAUGGCCGUCCAUGUAAAGGUCGCAACGUUCAAGCGCAUGCUCCAAGCCAAAAUCGAGGAAGUGCGCGUGAUGGACCCUGUCGAAUUUUGGGCGAUUGCACAAGCCAGCGGGGUGUUUGACUUUGCCAGCAACAGCACGGCCAACGACAGCGACCUGUCCAUGGCGGCGUAGCGCGUUCGACAGCGUGAAGAGUUGACACCGCCAGAUGGUCGCCCGAAUUGCACGGACAUUGUGCUGUAAAUACCAUUCUAAAUAUACCGAUGACGAGCUCCA